AUGUACCAACAGCCACCACCCCAAGCCCAAGGGUAUCCGGCUCCGCCACAGCAAGGGUACCAACAGCCACCACCCCAAGCCCAAGGGUAUCCUCCGCCACAGCAAGGGUACCAACAGAAUGCACCUCCUCCCCAACAAGGGUACCCUCCACCUCAACAGGGCUACCCUCCACCACAGCAAGGGUACCAACAAAAUGCACCUCCACCUCAACAAGGGUAUCCUCCUCCGCAACAGGGGCAAGCUCCACCGCCGCCACAACAAGGUUACCAACCAAAUGCACCUGUUGCAGCAGCUCCACCACAGCAAGCACCCCCUCCACCACAAUCCGGUCACGUACCGCCGCCACAACAAGGACAGGCACCUUCUCAGCCCCCAAAUCCUCCACCAGGUGCUGGUAAUGUCGAUCUCCCGGGAGGUACUGACGAAAAGGAUGAAAAUGGGAUUGGAGAUGAAGAUAAGGGCGAUAUUCCAGUCGAUAGUAUGGAGGCUGUGACGGGAUAUGAUGCUAUGGAUAGUAUGAUCCCACCCCUCCUGUUUAUGAAGAAUAUGUGGAGCCCCCACCCCCAGACUUCACUGCACAAAUGCCGAUGGUGA